AUGUUGAAAGCAUUAGUUUUAGUGAGUGCCAUAAUAGUUGUAAGUGGACAAACCAAACCAACAGCAAAGUUCAAAGACAUACCAAUUGUUUCCCACGAAAACGUCUUGGAAGUGGAUGGAAAGUUCAGAUACAGUUACGAGGGUGGUGACGGAACACGGGCAGCCCAGGAUGGUCAGCAGAUCUUUGUGAACAAUCAAGCGGGAACGGCAUCCCAGGGACAAUACACUUAUCAGGGGGACGAUGGAAGAACGUACAGUGUAUCUUACACGGCCGAUGAAAAUGGAUAUCGUCCGUCAGCGGAACACCUGCCGACACCGCCACCGGUACCAGCACCGAUUGCAAGAGCGUUGGCGUAUCUUGCGACGCUUCCACCGCAGAAGGAUAAUAAACAAAGGAAGUUCUAG